CCUUAUACAUUUGAUUCUCUUAAUCGACUUCCUCAGGUCUACACUGUUCUCUCCGAUCAACUUUGAAAGACGAAGAUCGUACGCCAAUUGCUAGAAACUUCUUCGUUUAUCUUCAUUGAUUCAAGUUUGAGGAGCGUGCAUCUGAGAGACGUCUAUUUGUGUAAGAGGAUCGCUAAAUUCAAUUCUGUUUCUGCUCCCAGUUAGAUCGAUGGAGAGUUUGACAAUGAAUUUUUGAAAUUCAAAGAUCAUGGGGCUGACAUUCUACUGUUAUUUAUACCUUAUUCUUCACAAAAUUACGAAGUGGCUCAAGCUUCUUCUUCAAGUGAGAAGAGCCUAAGAAUUUAAAGCUGAAUGAAGAAUGCAAGCCAAGACCAACACAACGUAUCUAGUGAACCUUUUGCAGACCUGCAUUGACAACAAAUCCCACACCGCCGGCAAACUUCUCCAUGGCCAUGUCGUCCGGCUGGGCCUCUCUUCCGAUACUUUUCUGGCAAAUCGCAUCACCGAGUGCUACUCGAAGUGUGGUCUCACCCAGUCCGCCCGCAACGUUUUUGAUCAAAUGCCCCAUCCUAACAUAUAUUCCUAUCAUGCUAUGUUGGGGGCUCACUGCAAGGCGGGCCAGUUAGAUCACGCCACCCAAUUGUUUGACAAAAUGCCUGAGCGGAAUAGUGUAUCAUGGAACACUAUGAUCAGUGCUUUAGCCCGAAAUGGGUAUGAAAGAAAGGCAUUGGAGGUUUACUGUAUGAUGAUUUCGGACCGUUUCGAGCCUACCCAUAUCACCUUUGCGAGCGUUUUGAGUGCUUGUGGUGGACUGAGGGGCAUGGAGUUUGGGAGGGGAUGCCACGGGUUGGCUGUAAAGUGUGGGUUUGACAAGAAUGUGUAUGUAGGAAAUGCAUUGUUAAGUAUGUAUGUGAAAUGCGGCUGUGGUGGGGAUGCAGUCAAGAUCUUUGCGGAUUUGCCGGAACACAAUGAGGUUUCCUUCACGGCUAUGAUAUCAGGUUUGGUUGACAUUGAUCAGGUGCAAGAGGCUUUUGACAUGUUUAAGUUUAUGCAGCGGAGUGGAUUCAUGAUUGAUUCCAUUUUGUUGUCAAGCUUUCUCAAAGUUUGUGCUAAAAGUGAUAUCCCUAACUUUUUGUUUGAUGACCAAAUCAACGCUUGGGAAACUAGUAAUGUGCAGGGAAAACAAGUUCACAGCCUUGCUAUUAAACUUGGAUUUGAAAAUGAUCUUCGGCUGUGUAACUCAUUACUUGACGUGUACGCCAAGAACAAAGAUAUGGCAAGUGCUGAAGUGAUCUUUCAGGGCCUGCCUGAAGCUAGUAUUGUUUCUUGGAAUAUCAUGAUAGGCGGAUUUGGACAGAACUAUGAAAUAAAAAAAGCUAUGGAUUACAUGGAAAACAUGCAUAGUUGUGGUUUUGAACCUGAUGAUGUUACUUACAUUAAUAUGCUAGCAGGUUGUGUCAAAUCUGGGGAUGUUCAAGCUGGCCGUUUGCUAUUUGAUAGGAUGGCAUGCCCAAGUUUAAGCUCAUUUAAUGCCAUCCUAUCAGGCUACUCACAGAGUGGGGAUCAAAAUGAAGCGAUAAACCUUUUCAGGAAAAUGCAGUUUCAAAAUGUGCGACCAGAUCGGACCACUUUGGCUAUCAUGCUCACUUCAUGUGCAGAAAUAUCACUUUUGGAAUAUGGGAGACAGCUCCAUGCUUCUUCUUUCAGAAACGAUACUCAAGGUGACAUAUACGUUGCUAGCAGUCUUAUUGGCAUGUAUUCAAAAUGCAGUAGCAUAAAGAUGGCAACUUUUGUAUUUGAUAGAUUGUCUCAGUUAGAUAUAGUUUGUUGCAAUUCCAUGAUUUCGGGUUUCAACAUCAAUUCAUUGGACAAAGAAGCUAUUUCCUUUUUUAAGCAAAUGGUGAAGAUGGGAAUACCUCCUAGCGAAUUCACUUAUGCAUCUAUAUUGAGCAGUUGUGCGAAAUUGUCUUCUCUAUCACUUGGGAAGCAACUUCAUGCCAUGAUAGGUAAAGAUGGAUAUGCAACUGAUGUUGUAGUAGGGAGUGCGCUAAUCAAUAUGUAUUCUAAAUGCGGCGAUAUAGAUGGGGCCCGUCUCUAUUUUGACAUGAUGCCUUGUAAGAACACUAUUACUUGGAAUGAGAUGAUACAUGGGUAUGCACAGAAUGGGCAAGGAGAACAAGCUUUUAUCUUAUACGAAUACAUGAUCCAAACAGGGAAUAAGCCAGAUGGUGUAACAUUCAUUGCUGUUUUAACUGCUUGUAGUCAUUCAGGAUUAGUAGAUAAGGGGAUUAGCAUUUUCCACUCGAUUCAGAAGGAAUAUGGAGUGGAGCUCCUUGUUGAUCAUUACACUUGUAUUAUUGAUUGUUUGGGUCGAGCAGGCCGGUUUAAUGAAGUGGACGAGAUUUUAUAUAAGAUGCCAUUCCACGAUGACCCUAUUGUGUGGGAGGUAUUGCUUAGUACAUGUAGGGUUCAUUCAAAUGUCAGUUUAGCAAGAAGAGCAGCAAACGAGCUUUUGCAGCUGGAUCCAGAGAAUUCUGCCCCUUAUGUUCUUCUAGCCAAUAUGUAUUCAUCUUUGGGAAGAUGGGAUGAAUCAAAGGUGGUUAGAGAAAGGAUGGUCGAAGAGAAUAUAGUUAAGGAUUCCGGUUUUAGUUGGGUGGAGAAACAGAGUGGAUUUGAGGAGAAUGAGGUCUCUACUGUGGCUUCCUAAAAAUGAUAAAAUAGGACCAUUGAGGUCUAUAUUGUUCUUCCUGAGAAUGAUGAAAUGGCACAAUGUAGAAGGUGUCACAUUUGAAGAAAAUUGUAUUCCAACACCCUAGCUACUGGUGAAUUUAGGCAAGAUUGAAAAUGAAUUCGAGAAUACCUGGAAGAUGAGCGGGCACUAAAAUCUGUGGCGAGUGAUUUUUCAGAAUAGAACGACAACACUUGAGGAUACUCCGUAUAAAAUAAUGACCAAAGUGGCAACGGAGAAAACUUACAGGAUUUGGCAAAGCACUCGAAGUGAACAAAGCACUCGAAGUUGCACAUGUUGGGAAGUUGAUCGGUGCCAGUUUAGAGGCAAUGGUCUAGCUGCACACUUCGGAUACUACACUUGAUGUACGGUUAAAGGAAGCAGCACAUGAACCCAAAAGUGAUGCUGAUGUGUUGCUUCAGAUCUGUAUAACUUCCCAGGUGGAGGUCCUUUCAUCCUUGGAAGAUGAACAGGUUGAAGGAAUACCAUAAACAGGAGAGUAAGUUAUUCAAGGAGGAAGUCAAGUCUGGAUUGGCGCGUCACGGACAAAGGGAGAGAAAUGUGAAAGAUGCUGGAACUAUUCACCUCAAAUGGCCACCUUGAGGGUGUAUCAACAACCAUCAUCCUAUCAGCAAGUAGCUUAGUAACCACAACAAGCUUUUGAGCUGCAGCAGCUGCUCCACUGCCUGGUUUGCUUGAUUACCUUGUGAGGCUGGUGAGGGUCAGAGGCUCUGCUUUUGUGUCGGACUCAGCUAGCUUUUGCUUGAUACCCCUAGCUAUUUAAAAGAAGACUUCCUCAACCUUCAUAUUGGUCUGGCACUUGUCUCAAAGAAUUUUAUUUCAUAUUCAUCAGCUAAUGCUUGACACUUGGAAAUGGCCAUCUUGAGGGUGUAUCAACAACCAUCAUCCUAUCAGCAAGUAGCUUAGUAACCACAACAAGCUUUUGAGCUGCAGCAGCUGCUCCACUGCCUGGUUUGCUUGAUUACCUUGUGAGGCUGGUGAGGGUCAGAGGCUCUGCUUUUGUGUCGGACUCAGCUAGCUUUUGCUUGAUACCCCUAGCUAUUUAAAAGAAGACUUCCUCAACCUUCAUAUUGGUCUGGCACUUGUCUCAAAGAAUUUUAUUUCAUAUUCAUCAGCUAAUGCUUGACACUUGGAAGUAGGAACAACCCUUUUGCUUUCAUCCAUAUCAGCCUUGUUUCCAACGAGUACUUUGUUGACAUUGUUGAAGCAUGUUGUUCGAUGUUUUGAAUCCAGUUCCGAUUUGUUAAAAGAUGAAUCACGUCAUAGACCAACAAAAUAGACAUUGCUUCAUGAUAGUAAGCAGUGGUAAUUGUUCGGAACCGCUCCUGACCAACAGUAUCCCAGAUUUGAAGUUUGAUACGUUUUGCAUCAAGCUCAUUGUCCUAAUCUUGAAAUCAAUGCCAAUAUGGCACAUAAUAGAAUAUAGGUACAUGAAGAUGCUAGGGUGAGAAGAUUGACAGGGAAAGUGAAGACAAAAGAACAAAGCAUACAUGUAAUAGAUAAAUGAAUAAAUUGUAAUAAGAAAUUAAAAUAUAUGUAUGUUGAGAUAAUUUUACAUGUUAUUUUUGUUCCUUUUUGUUGCAUCGCACAUGUUGCUUUUUGUUGCAUCGUGUUACUUUUUGUUGCAUCAUACUAUUUUUUGUUAGGGGUG